ACUUCCAUUUUCAAAACAUGGAGGAAUCAAAGAAGCAACAAUGGCAGACUAUUCAAGAAGAUGAAGAAGAUAAUGUAAAAUGGGUAACCCACUAUUCCAGUCAUCACCAAAUAUUGUUGGUGGGAGAGGGUGAUUUCUCUUUCUCUCUUUCCCUCGCCAAAUCUUUUGGCUCUGCUGCCAACAUCGUCGCUUCCUCUCUCAACCCCUACGAUAAUGUUACCAAGAUGUACAAGAAAGCAAAGUCAAAUUUAGAAGAAUUGCACAAGCUGGGAGCAUUCUUAUUACAUGGAGUUGAUGCAACCAAAAUGAAGCUUCAUCCAGAUUUAAAAAUGCGAAGGUUUGAUCGAGUCAUAUUCAACUUUCCUCACGCUGGCUUUCAUGGGAGGGAAGAUAGCUCGUCGCUGAUUAAGAUGCAUAAAGCCCUUGUGCAUGGAUUCUUCAACAAUGCAAGUUGCAUGCUUCGAGCCAAUGGUGAAAUACAUAUCAGUCAUAAAACUACAGAACCUUUUAGCUACUGGGACAUUGAGAAUCUUGCUGCACAAUGCUUUUUGACGUUGAUUGAGCGUGCUGACUUCAAGAUAGAAGAUUAUCCUGGUUACAAUAAUAAGAGAGGUGAUGCCUAUAGAUGUGAUGAACCCUUUCCACUUGGUAAGUGCUGCACGUACAAGUUUGUCUACAUCCCUGAGGGUAAGAGAAAGCGUUCGAGGAUGAAACGAAUGAUGGUUCCUAGACACAACAGAAAUCUCCAAAUUGAAGAGAUUGAGUAUGCUGUGGAGCAAUUACCAACUUCAGCUCAUCUCAAUUAUUACCCUACAGCAAGUCACUUUCUAAAACUGAAAGAAGAGACAUCAUUCACUGGGGUUCACUCAAGUAACAUGACAGAAGUGCAUGGAAGAGGUUUUCCUCCUGGUGGUUAUUCUUCUCUUGGUAUGAGUCGAGGCCCUCCAAGAACAUUUCAACCAUGGCCAGCAUCUGCUAAUGUCAGAUACUCUGUGACAGAUCAUAUUAGAACAAUGGAAACUGUUCCCGAACCACUGUAUACUCGAAGAAUAUUGCAACCAAUGGAGGAAUGGCAAUCUCUUCAACCAGGGCCAACAUCUCCUUAUAUCAGAUACUCUUUGACAGAUCAUAUUAGAACAAUGGAAACUGUUCCAGAAUCACUGUAUACUCGAAGAACAUUGCAACCAAUGGAGGAAUGGCAAUCUCUGCCACCAAAGCCGACAUCUGCUCAUAUCAGAUACUCUCUGACAGAUCACAUUAGAACAAUGGAAACUGUUCCAGAACCAUUGUAUACUCGAAGAACAUUGCAACCAAUGAAGGAAUGGAAAUCUCUGCCUCCAGGGCCAACAUCUGCUCAUAUCAGAUACUCUUUGACAGAUCACAUUAGAACAAUGAAAACUUUUCCAGAAUCACUGUAUGCUCGAAGAACAUGGCAACCAAUGGAGCCAUUGCAACCUUUCCAACCAGGGCCAACAUCUGCUAAUAUCAGAUACUUUCUGACAGAUCAUAUUAGAAAAAUGGAAACUGUUCCCGAGCCACUGUAUACUCGAAGAACAGUGCAACCACUGCAGCACUUUCAACCAGGGCGAACAUCAACCGAUGUGAGAUUCUCUCUGACAGAUCAUGGUAGAACAAUGGAGGCUAUUCGUGUAUCACCUGAUGCUAGAAAUGAAGGGUACUGGGUUAAUGGUGGCAGGUGA